AUGACAUACUCUGUAGGGAGUUCCAGAGAGGGCAGUGUUUCAGAAAGGUGCUCAGAUAUUUCUAAUACUAUAAAGGAAAAAGAUACACAAAACAUUGUUUCUGAAGAAGAACUAGCUCAGUUGACUCAUAUUCAACCACGGAUUUUCAACUUUGAUAAGCAAUCGGCCUUCAAGGAUUAUCUGAAAAUUCUUGAGAAAAAAGGAGUAUAUGGUAUCACUCAGGAGUUUAGGGUAAGUAUAUUGAUCUUAGCAGAAUUUGAAUUUGAUGUUUCUGUUUCUGUAAUAGAUGAUUCAACACGUGUUGUUCUUCAAAAAAACCCGGACUACAUUAAUGCCAGUUAUAUUAGAAUAAUCAAUCAUGGAGAACAAUAUUUUUAUAUUGCUACUCAAGGACCACUGCCAGACACCACAGAUGACUUUUGGCAAAUGGUUUUUGAACAUAAUUCUAAUGUUAUUGCUAUGGUAACCAGAAAUAUAGAAGAUGGAAUUACCAAAUGCCACAAUUACUGGCCCAUUUCUCAAGAGGAGCCUUUGGAAUUGACACAGUUUCGGAUCUGUCUGAAGAACUACCAGAUACUUGCAUUUUUUAUCAUCCGAAUGUUUCAAGUUGUAAAUAAAUCUACAGGAACUAGUCUCACUGUGAAACACUUACAGUUCACUAACUGGGCAGACCAUGGGAUUCCUGCCUCAACAGACUGCUUCAUAAAGUAUGUCCGGUAUGUGAGGAAGAGCCACUGCACAGGGCCCAUGGUUGUGCACUGCAGCGCUGGUGUUGGCCGGACUGGGGUGUUCAUAUGUGCAGACGUCGCAUUCUGUGCCAUUGAAAAGAACUAUUUAUUUGACAUCACGAAUAUAGUGACACAAAUGAGAGAGCAACGUUACGGCAUGAUUCAGACAAAGGAGCAGUAUUGCUUUACCUAUGAAAUUAUCCUCAAAGUCCUUAGGAAACUUCUGGUUUUAGAAUAG